AUGCAGAUCCCCCGCAACUUGAACACACUUCUAGUCGUCCUUCUGGCGAUUUUGGGCCACUGCGAGUCCCGAAGGAGCGCGUACCGCCUGCCGAAGCUGCAGGGACGCAGUGCCUCCGGCGGCAGUCCUUCGCCCCAGGAUGUGGGAUCUGGGCGGGAUCUGAUGAAGAAGUUCAUGCUGAUGCGCGGCCUCUUCCAGCAGCCGCCCAGUGACAAUGUGAUUGUGAUCACGCAGCCCUCGGGCACCACGACCACGACCACGCCCACUGGAUCGCCCACCACCACCACCACGACGACGACAACGACCACGCCCACCUCGAACAGCACGGGUCGUUCCUUCCAGGCAAGUGUGGGGCAGAAGGAGCUGGAACUGCCAGUGACGACCAUGACUGGCCGCGGCCUUGAGGAUCGUCUGGACCUGCCACUGCCCAAUGUCGAGGAGCAGGUGCCCAUUGAGAGUCCACUUACACAGCCACACAGCCAGAAAAAGCAGUGGCCCAAGAAAUUGCGACUGAAGAAGAGGAACCUGGUCAAGAAGACCCAUCGACGUGUGCACAAGCAUCCGCAAAAGAAGCGACUCCAGAAGAGGAAGCCCAACCCAAAGCAGUCGGCAAAUCAGCAACGAAACUCCGAGUCUGCCGUCCGGUUCAUCGAACCCUAUCACAACGACCGAUCGCAAAUUGAAACGGGUCAGUCCGCCUCCGAUUCUCGAUUGCAGCGCAUCUGGCGACGCUUCCAAGUCGCCAACUAA